AUGCCCGCUUCCCCCCGGCCCAGUGACCCCCAAGACUCGACUGGACAGAAGAGAAAUGGCCCGCCAGGCAAGAAGAUGGGCGCGACGGACAAACAGACCGGCAUGGAUGGCAAGGACUUUGCAAAGGCAAUUGGAAUCAACAAGCCCGCCAACGUGCGCGACAAGAUAAAGCGCUGGCAGCAGAACAUUGAGCCAGAGGCCGCCGCUACAACACCCACUCCCGCAACUCCUGCAACCCCAGCGGCGGCCACGACAACCACGGAAGAUGCAAGCGCUGUCUCUUCACCCACACCCGCUGCGCCCAUCACGCCCGCUACCCCUACUACCCCCGUCACGACACCCAAGGCAAAGACCCUCGACGACAAGCCAAAUUGGAAGCCUUCGCACGAACGGGGCAAGUCUGUCGGUGCCAGUCCAGAGCGCCCCGGCAGCGGAAAGAAGACGCCCAUCCCCCACAACGAGCUCGACGAAGAUGUCCUCACUGCAACUGCGCCUAAGAAGCGCGUCAUCAGCGACUCGCAUUGGCGCAGCAAACAGCCACCCCCCAAGGACGCCGCCGGCCGCCCCCAGCCCAAGAUCAUCGCCAAUGCCUGGGUCCGCCCCUCGAAAAUCAUUCCCAAGAAGCCCGCUAGUCCUGAACUCAAACCCCUUGCGCCAGUAACCCUCCAGCAGAGCCCUCUCCUCCCCUUCGCCGAGUAUAUUGGGAAAAGCACAGGACAGAUCAAGGCUCCACCCAAACAACCCAAACCCUCAAAGCCCUCCAGCUCUGGCAGCGACCAACGACCAACAAGCAGCGGUGGAGGGAGCGGGAAGAGCGCAAAGAGUGACAAGGGUGCAAAAAGCCAUGAGCAGCGACCUAAAUCAACGUCUCCGAAGCCAGAGAAGGAAAAGACGGAGCUGGUGAGGGUGCGACCUAGUAGACGGCGUGCGCGUACUUCCCCGCGGGGAUCCAUGUCAGCAGACGACCUUGCAAAAUACCCACAGAGACCUGCCCACAGAUCCGACACAGCCCUGAGCGAGGACCCCAAUCUAGUUGUCACAGUCGAGUACGAGGAGGAGAGCGCCGUUUCAUUCCCACGAGAGAGCAGAAUUACUUCGCCGCGAAAUGACGAACUCAGAGAGCGAAGACGACGGCGCCGCCCGCGAAGCCAAGGCGACCGUACAGCCGAUGAAGCUCUCAAGAACCCCCAGAAACCCUCACGAAGGAAGAGUCGCAGGUCAUACCCAAGGACCGAGGAGGAGGCCGCCACGCCAUUGAUAAUCCCAGCCGCGUCAGAUACACCUCCCGCCAGGCCUGUAGGAAGCCGCUUAGAAGCCUGGCUCAGCAGCACGCCCGACCCCCUCGUGAACCCCAAAACCCGCCCCAGGCGAAGAAGAUCCAAGGAUUCUGCAUCCAGCUCAGAGCUGCCUUCAAAUCUGGGAACAUCAGAAGUGACUCUGUCCACUGACGUGACGGAAACACCUGUCAAAAAAUCACGCUCGCGACGUAGGCGUAGAUCCAGGGGAUCCGCUUCGUCCCAAGAUCUCCCUGCCGCAGCCGGCAGGUCCGAGGUCACUGUGUCGACAGAGGCGACACAAGACGAGCCUGCAAAGGAAUCGCACAAGAGGAGAGGAUCCAAGGACUCCGUGUCAUCCCUUGAUCUGCCCUACCCGGCCGAGAAAUCAGAAGUCAGUGCAUCCACUGAGAGGACAAGACCCGACUCUGUCGACAAGGACCGCCGUCGCAGCAGUGGAAGUGGCAGUGCCAGCAGCAGCAAGCAACGACGCAGGCAAGCCAGCCGCGAGAUGACCAUCAAGACACAAGAUCUUGAGGAGGCCCCGUCCACCAUCGCCUCUGAUGCCAUGAGCGAAACGACUGUCCAAGACAAAGAUAGCGAAGUGUCCUUUGCCUCAACACCAAGUCUGAAGCGCCGUGGUGCAAGGCGCAAAAGCCAGUACUCCCCCACGAAGGGUCGAUCCAUGUCAUCUCCCCUUCGCGAAUCCACCUCUAUAGACGACAUGCCCAAGGAAAACGCUCGAGACCAAGAGGCAAAAGAAGCUACACCCUCUGAGGCUGCUGACGAUCACAUGGCUGAUCUGAUGCCACAGCCACUGCGACCACGUCAGAUAUUGGGCCCGCGCAUGUUCCCAUCCACUGGCAAGCGCCUCUCUACAAUUGCCUCUCAAUCAACGCGAUCAUCAGGCGUUGGUGCCUCAGACACAGUGAGUGCCUUCUCUGAGCGAACCCGAACCCGAGCGCCUUCGUCUGAAGUCGGCUCGCUCCUGAACCCCGAAACCUCGACAAUCAUCAGUCGCCAGAGCACCCGCCGGAGGAAAAUUGCCAGGCAUGAGGACCUCAUGUCAGUACUCUCCAUGCCCAAAGCAGCAGGCUCCAAGAGCAUCGUCUCCGCUCGCAGCAUUCGUACCAACAGGAGCCGCCUAGCCACUGCCACCAUUGAAGAUAUCAUGCAGGAGCUCUCCUCUGACGAGGCCAAAUAUAUGCGAGAGCUCCGCACUCUUGUCGAUGGUGUCAUUCCUGUUCUUCUCAGCUGUGUCCUAAACAAAUCAGAGGCCGCCAUUGCUGCUGGACUCUUCUCUCGCUCAUCCAAAUCAACAGAUCCAAGUGAAAUCACAAAGCCCAUUGUCGACAUGGGUGUCUGUCUAGAGCGACUCAAGACCCUGCAUAAGCGCGUCCCCACGGACGACUCUGAUGAACUGAUUGAGUGGGCACAGAGCGCACAGCGUGUCUACUCUGACUACAUUUCCGUCUGGCGUCUUGGCUUCCAAGAUGUGGUAAUCAGCCUUGCACCCGCCGACGAAGAUCCCUUUAAGCCUGCCAAGGUUGUCAAUGGCCCAGAUGAUGGCGCCCCUUGGGAUGAGGGCAUGCCACGCAACGCAGAAGGAUACGUCGUCAACAGUGACGGCGAGCGUGUUGAUGUUGCCUAUAUGCUCAAGCGCCCACUGGUGCGACUCAAGUACCUCUCCAAGAGCUUGAAGGGCAUCAACCACGUGAAACCAUCCGAGCGCGUAGAGAAGGUGUCAAGCAUCUUCCAAGACUUGGUCAUCGCCGCCCGAAAGCGGUCCAACGAUGAGCAGGCCCGCCUCGAAGACGAAGCAGCAGCCGACAUCGACCCCACCCGUGCUCGUGAUCCUCGCAGUCUCGCUCCUCUUGCGGGCGUGCGAGUUGAUCCGUCGCGAUGCGUGCGAGCUAGGGACCAUUUUGAUUUGCAUCUCUACCAUUCGAGUGGUCAAGAAAUGAGUUGUCGCGUUGAGAUUUUACUCCGCGACAAUGCUCCAGGUCAGGGCGCUGGAGGUGAUAUUCUGAUUUGUGAAGUCGAUUCCACGGGACGAUGGUUACUCCUGCCACCGGUCCAGCUGAGUAACGCAUCGGCUCGCAAUGGCGAUGCCAAGGGCGAGAUUAUUGUCAUGAUCCGCGGAACUCAGGCAGAUGGUUCCGAAUGGAGCGAGGUCAUGUCUCUAAUCUCUGACGAUGAACAGGCUGGUUUCGAGUGGGUACAGAUGCUUGGGCUCAAUCCCAUCCCCCCUGAAUUGUCCGAAGUCAGGAAGAUCCAAGCCGCAACCAAUCAAGCACAGCGAACAAGCAGCCAUGGCUCGUCUUCCCCAUCUCAUGCAACAGGCUCAACCGCACUAGACAAGAGCCGAACCCCCAGCCCACAUGAGAUUGAUAUUCCUAUCGGCGAACGACACACAGAAGUAUCAAAAGUAUGGCACUACGAUACUCCACACAAGCGAAACAAGUCACGGACAGUGUCGCCCAUUACACCUCCAAGCGGCGAUGCCUCCUUCAGUAAUCCUUACGACACCCAAGCAGAGCCACGUACGCCGGUUGAACAAAUGUUCCAUACAGGUCAGUCACACGAUGAUACUGACCGGACACCUCGUGGCCUCGACGAAGCAGUGCGCAUGGCCAACACUGGUUCUCCAUCAAGCCUUAAACGAACAAGAGCAAAGAGGCUUUCCAAAAAUCCCUCGUCUCCACACUCCGGACGUCCAUCCCGCCAAAUUACACUGGAUGAUCCCACUGAACCAGAAGAUGUUAAACCAGCCGAGGACCUCCCCAAGCCCCGUAGAAAGUCCACGAAGCGACGACCCCAAUCACUUCCGUCUGCACCAUCAGCGCUUUCGCAAUCAAGCAAGGGUUUCAGCGUCUGGAUGCCAACCUCUGAGGUUGAUGACUCGGACUCGGACUCUUCUGAAGGAGACAAACGCACAGUCACAGAGUCGGAGCUUUCACCUCCUGGCUCCCCGCCUUCACCCCAACGUCCACAACAACACAGGCGGGUCUCAUCUGUGCCUUCUUUGGAACUUCCCAGUAUUCCCAGACAACGAAAGUCAAGUCGUCCUUCCACACCUUCUGAGGAUUCACGUGUAGAAUCCGAGAAUGUUCGUGAAGUAGCCUCGGCGCCUCCCAAGAUGCAUCAGAAGAAGCAUAGCAUCACGGUUGAGGAUAUUCAAGAGCCAGAGGCUCGGGCUGACGUACCACCCCCACCUACUCCACCACAUCGUUCCCCCAGCCCGGCAAGCCCUGAAACACUAAAGGGCUCCAAAACUCCCGUACUCCUACCGACACUACCUGGCUUCAGGGGCAAGCGCCGUUCAUCUUCACCACUGAAGCACGAGUAUGAACCAUCUACCUGCACGGAAGAGUCGAGUGAAAGCGAGGAGGAGUCUGAAUCCGAAGAAGAAGCCGGUGAAGAACAAGAAGAGAGUGCUACUUCUGAGUCAUCCGAAGAUGAGCUAGAUGAUGAUGUGCCCAUGCCAUUGAUGCCAAUCGGAUACAUCGGACCCCGCGGAUAUACUUCGCGCCCACAAACUGCGGUUCGCGAGCCCAGCCGCCCGACUACGGCUGAGAAAACGGAAGAGGAUACGAAGAAGUUCCCCAAGGUGUCACCGCCACCUUCCAUCUAUACCCUGCCUAAUGGGACCAUCACUCCGUCCCAAUCCGCAUCAAACUCGCCUUACCGGACCGUUCCGCAAAACUCUGGAAAGGCCUCACGCACGAUAGCGUCCCUGUUUGCUUGGUCUGACCAGGGCAAAUGGGACAGCCUGCACCCCGACGAAUGUAGUAUUGUCGUCACACCAGGAAAGAUUGAGGUCUUUGAAAUCUCAAGCAAUCAUUCUAAACCUUUCCUCGCUGACGGCGACGAGAUCAUCACUCCCGAGGGAGGUGCUCCCCUUAUUGCGGUUGAGCUUACCCCUCUGGUACCGUUGCGUAAAUCAACGGCUAUAGAUAUCUCCAUUCGUUCCCCACCUACCGGGGAGUCGCGUCUCAAACCUGGAAAUAACAUCAUGUUGAGGAGUCGCAAUGCGACUGAAUGCACUCAGUUGUACUCCAUGAUUAACCAGGCGCGUAUCAACAACCCCACGUACAUUGCGCUGCAGAAUGCACGCGGCCCCUACGGACAAUCAAGCUGGGCCGAAGCAAUGGACCGUCAGAACGCAGCUAGAACGAGCAGCGAAACUCCUUCUGGAUGGAUCGGAGGCACACUGGGCAGGAGAAGCAGCUACCGAAAGUCAAGCACACGUGCUGCUUCCGUCUCUGCUGCCACUGAAUCUUCAGUCGGAACCAUGAACAGCGCUCUUCGCUCGGCGCUGGGCCGAUUUUCGUUCGGCAAGAAUGGCGUUUUCAGCAUCCGCAACUCGACUCUGGGAUCACGCAGUACCGGCUCGUCCUUUGACAGCGGCUCCAACUCUCGACCAGGCUCAGGUGCCUCAACCCCUACCGGUGACAUCACUCGAGCACCUGGCGCGCCACCUGGCAUCACAAACACAAAGUGCAGGCUCUACGAGCGCGAGUCACUUAAGAAAUGGCGUGACAUGGGCAGCGCCAGGCUAACCAUCAUGCUGCCCUCACCCAACCCCAGCAUGCCCUCGUCGCCCACCAACUCUCGACAACGCGCCCCUGGUACACGAGACCACCGCCAGGAACGACGCAUCGUGCUGACGGGUAAGAAACACGGCGAGCUCCUUCUUGACGUGCAGUUGUCCGAGACGUGCUUUGAGCGCGUGGCCCGUAGCGGCAUAGCAGUCAGCGUAUGGGAAGACAAUGUCGACGAAGCUGGCCAGAUUGGAGGUGUUAGCAAGACGGGCGGCGUGCUGGGUGCGCGCGCUCGUGUCUUUAUGAUUCAGAUGAAGAGUGAGAGAGAGUGUGCGUAUUGCUUUAGCCUUUUGGGCAAGUUGAGGUAUUAG